AUAAAAUACAAAAUUCUGAAACGCAAAGUGUUGUCGGAGACCAAAGAACGAGCAUUCCCGAAAGACAAUUGUCGCAAAAAGAAGCAAAGGAAGAAACCACUCCUCGCAACCUCUACCAAAAACUCCAACUCAUCCAAAGUCAAAUAG